CACUGAUUGGCAGCACUGAUAGGUGGCACUGAUUGGCAUUGAUAGGUGGCACUGACUGGCACUGAUGGGUGACAUUGAAAGGUAGCUCAGAUGGGCACUGAUAUGUGGCAUUGAUGUGCACUGGUAUGCACUGAUAUGUGGUACUGAUGGGCACUGGCACGUGGCACUGGCACAUGGCACUGAUGAGCACUGACAGGUGGCACUUCUGGGGCCACACUGAUCAUCAGUGCCCUGAUGAUCACUGUCAGCGUGACAGCUCGAGAGGAGAGAAAUGCUGAUAACCGGCAUUUCCGUGUUUACAUGUGAUCAGCUGUGAUUGG